UUUCAUGAAACGGAACGAGUUUUCUACAAUAUUGCCAAUCGCACGACGUCAAAAUUCAGAAAUAACUUGUCCGGCUGUCCGCAAAUCCACCAUUUUCCCUUUGUAACUAACCGGUGUUCAAAACACGUGUUACGUGGUGAAAUAGAAGAAUGAAUACCGAAAAGCUGAAGAAGUUGCAGUCGCAAGUCCGCAUAGGCGGUAAGGGGACUCCGAGGCGUAAAAAGAAGGUCGUCCAUGCGACCGCCGCCACAGACGACAAGAAACUCCAGUCUUCACUCAAAAAGCUCUCAGUGAAUACUAUUCCAGGAAUCGAGGAGGUGAAUAUGAUAAAGGACGAUGGCACAGUGAUACAUUUCAACAAUCCAAAAGCGCAGGCAUCGCUCGCGGCCAACACAUUCGCUAUAACCGGGCAUGGGGAGAACAAGCAAAUCGCCGAGAUGCUCCCGGGUAUUCUGAGCCAGUUGGGGCCUGAAGGGUUAAACCAGUUAAAGAAAAUCGCGUCAAGUGUGGCGCCGCCGAAACCGCUCGAUGAAGACGACGAAGUCCCUAACCUAGUCGGAAACUUUGACGAAGCGUCAAAACAGGAGGCCAAGGAAGUGAUCACUGAGGAGAAGGAGAAGGAAGCCGAAAAGGAAAAGGAGAAAAAACCAGAAACAGAAACCAAAGCCGCAGACAAGAAGACAGAUUAAAUAGACCCCCUAAAAAAUCUAGUUUUUAAUUUUGCUCUCCCGAAGUGAUUUAGGGUUUCCAAAGGCAAAGAGGUGUGUUUCAAAAAUCAAAAUAUGUAUUUGUUUCAUAUAUUUUUACUGUGUUCCUAAUUUGAAUUGUGGACUGUUCUGUUCGGUGAUGGUGCAAGGGGACACUUUCUUUAAAAAAUAAACUCUUUGACUUUGGAAAUUCUGUAUACAGCCAUCUCGAUAAAUGCUUCUUUACAUCAAGCACUAAUAAUUUCUGUUUUAACUUUAUUUUAACACCGCAUAAUGUGGGGAAAUACAGAAUUCUCGGUUUAUAGAAAAUAGAGGAUCAUUUUAAUAUCUGUUAUGGUAUCGGCAGUAUAGUUAUUAAUUAUCAUGUUAUAAAAAUAUAGCAUUUUACUAAGAAUAUGAAUGAAAUCAGUGCACUGGCAUAUAAUUAUUAUGUUAUAUUAUGUAUAGGAUGGUGUAAGCACCAUUAUAAUAUGAUAUUUUGUAAAGAAGGUACCUAUUUUCAAAAAUUGUUAAUUCAUUUGCUUUCUCAUUUUUAAAAAACUUAGUAUUAAAAGAAUUGAAGUUAGUCACAGAUGGCUCUAUAGGUAACAGAGCUAUAUUGUAUAAUAUUAAAAAAAAAUUGCAAAAUGUAAAAGGCCAAGUUUGCUAUCAACUGACAUGAGUAAUGGCAUAAACUUUCGUCAAAG